GACGCGCCGGGCCCCGGGGCGUCGCGGAGCCAUGGCGCAGCGAAGGGUGGCGGAGCGUGGGCCUUGCCAGGCGGCGGCGGCGGAGAACGCCAGGCACCAGCGGCAGCUUCUGGAAGGGAAAGCUCUUGCAGAAGGUGGAUCAGCUCGGACGUCACUUCUUAUUUUAGUGUCCAUCUUCUUAUCAGCUGCUUUCCUUAUGUUCCUGGUAUAUAAAAAUUUUCCACAACUUAGUGAAGAAGAAAGAGAAUGUAUAAAGGUUCCUAGAGAUAUGGAUGAUGCAAAGGCCUUGGGAAAAGUCUUGUCCAAAUACAAGGACACAUUUUACGUUCAAGUGUUAGUGGCUUAUUUUGCCACAUACGUUUUCUUGCAAACAUUUGCUAUUCCUGGGUCUAUAUUUCUCAGUAUCCUGUCAGGGUUUCUUUAUCCCUUUCCACUGGCCUUAUUUCUUGUUUGUUUGUGCUCAGGACUUGGAGCUUCAUUUUGCUAUAUGCUGUCAUACCUAGUGGGACGUCCUGUUGUGUACAGAUAUUUAACAGAAAAAGCAGUAAAAUGGUCAGAACAGGUUGAACGACAUAGAGAACACCUCAUUAACUACAUAAUAUUUUUGAGAAUAACACCUUUCCUCCCCAACUGGUUUAUCAAUAUCACAUCUCCUGUAAUCAACGUGCCACUGAAAGUGUUUUUCAUUGGCACUUUCCUAGGUGUAGCACCACCGUCUUUUGUAGCCAUUAAGGCAGGAACAACGCUGUACCAGCUUACAACAGCAGGGGAAGCUGUUUCCUGGAACUCUGUUUUUGUUCUCAUGAUUCUAGCUAUCCUCUCCAUUCUACCAGCUCUCUUCCAGAAGAAACUGAAACAGAAGUUUGAAUAAGGAUCAAACUGGACCAGAAUUUCCCAUACUUCAUCUCAGGAUCAGCACUUCUGAUAUUUGUAUAUUUGCUUUUCUAUUGGAUCUUAAGCAAUUAGAGGACAGGCUUGUGGUUGAUAAGAAUGUCUUUAAAUGAACACAUGGCCUGAAACUGAAGGAAAUGUGUUCAGAAAUGUACUGCAUAUAGUUUUGUAACCAAACCACCAGUGUUUUACUUUGGGAGGGGGUGUAUGUGUGGCACUCGGGGUGAGGGAAGUGAGAACAUAGAUGUAACAUUUUGCUCUAGUUACAUGCAGAGCAAAAACUGUGAUGUAGAAAUAAACUACAGGUGAUGCUUUCUAACACUUGCAGGAAAAUCCCCUGAACUGUUCAGUCCAACUUUGUAACAUUUUCUGUAGGCUUGCAUGUGAUCUGGUCUGAGUGCAUUUCUCACUAACAAUAUUUCCCUUCUUUUUUUGCCUUGGGGAGUUUCAAAAUAAUAUUACGGUGCUCACUCAGACACAAAGGUUCUUUGCAGUACUUUAACUACAAUGUUAUUCUCAUCCUGGUUGUUUACUUCUCUUUAUUAGUGCUGUAUGGAAUUAAAUACUUGAACCUACAUCUGCUUUACUUACUGGAUUAACAAAGGCGAAGUGUCACAUCAUUCCCUCUUGGUCCCUGUAAAGUUUUAUUCUGGGAGUGGGUAUAGGAAGGGAGGGAGCAGCUUAGAAUUCUUAUCUUGGCUAGUUGAUGAUUUUUUUAAGUUCUAAUUUUUAAUUUUUUAACUGUUGAUUAUUUUGCCAAUAUUUCACUUGCAUAGAUUUAUCCUGCUAAUUUAAGAAAGUGAUGGUAUGAUUAUAUAAAACUUACAGUUCUCAAGUGAUUUAAAAACGCUUAAGCAGUGUAACACUACCAUUUCUCAAGCAAUAUGUAAAGAGUAUAAAAUUUGUCAUUUUGCAGCUUGAUUAGCUAAAGGAAAAUCAGGUACACAAACUGGUGCAGUUCCUAUCAAACAGCUGAUCCCGAAUAAUGUUCAGAGCACCAUGGAACAGCAGGCUUUUAUGUCGGUGUAUGUAAAAAUGGGGGUUCCAUUGUCUGCCAAGGCAGUGACUGGCCAUGGGCAACCAGCCAUGACUCACCUUCAGCAGCAGUCUGUGUAUGUAUUCUCUCAGCAAGGUACAAGAUACCUCCCCCUGUGCUUCCAGCUGUGGUGGUUGUUGUGUUGUCAGUGGAACCCCAUCAAACUGAGGCCCUGGUCAUGAGGAACUGGGGAGCACGUUGGUGUUUUACCCAACUGAAACCAGUGCUGCUCACGUGGCUUAAGCUAAUGCCCCUGCAGUGUCUUGCUGGAAAGGGACUCGGCACAUCAGCAUGUGCUCCAGUUCCAGGGUUUGUCUGUCUGUGUCCUCGUGUUAACUCAUAACCAUAUCAUAGAUCUUCGAGAUGUGAGAGAGCAGUUCAUGAAUGUGAUAAUAUAAAAGGUACUGACUGGUACCUUUAAAGGGUUUAUUCAUUUUUGUAACAUAAUGUUAAUUGACUGCUUUGUUUCAUCACAGUAUUACUUGUAAAUAUAUAGUAAAUAUUAUUGAUACACCAUUUGUCUUUUAUUUAAGUCCAGGCUGCACAGUAAAUGAUAUUUUUUACAUAAGUAUAUAAAGGAAUUUAUAUCAGUUCUGUUUGCAAGUUUAUUGUAAGACCGUUCAGCUUCAGCAAUUCUUCUGUUAUUUAGAAUUUACUCUAAAAGUGUACUUUGGCAUUUAAACCUGAACAGUGAUUACUUUUAUUGCAGCCAUUCUAAUUUCCAGAGCUCCUCUAGCCAGGGGAUUUAUUCCAUAGUAAACUUGGAUGUGAAUUGAGCUGUGUGUCCCCUGGACUGGUGUGUGUGAAGCUGCUGUAGAUUUACAGCCUACUUUUCUGCAGAGUUAUCUUUUCAUGCCGAUGAACUCUCAGAAUAAAUUACUUACUACUUAUUUUCCAGUGGCUUUUCUCAAGAUUUGUCUCAAUUCCUGGUCAGUAACAGAAGCUGUUGUAAAAUCCCUCCCAUGCUGUGUAGAGCCAAUGUUUUGGUGAAACCUUUUCGUGACUCGUGCUAUCACUUGAUGCUUUCACUGAGUUGUUUCACUAUGGAGAUGGGAUCAGGCUUUGUUACUGAAAACCUGUUGUGUUUCAGCCACAAGACUGACCUCCCAUCACAAUAACUAAAAGCCUUAAGACCUUAAAAAGGUUCAAAAUAGGGUUCUUUGCUUUUUCAAAACCUUAGCAUUUUUUUUAACCCAUCCCUUCUGUGUUUUAUCUUCAGCUGCCAGCAGCCUGAGGUGCUUUCCUAUCCUGUGAGGACUUCUGAGGGUUGUGCAGAGUAAGGCAGGCCUUGUGGAAAGCAAAAAAAAGCACUGUGCUGUGGGGUAGUGUACUAGUCUGCUCUUUCCUUUAGGGAAUCCAGCAAGUGAUGCAAGAGAUAGCCAUAACACUUCCACAGAAAAACAGUAGCUACCAUGAAACAAACCAGGACUUCAGUAAGAUGUAGCUUUGUUUUUUAAUUGCAAGGGAUUUUGAGCUGUUAGGUAACCUGUUUAUCUUUUGGAAUUUUUUUUUGUGAUACCUGCAUGACAUCAUCACUAAGUGUCUCUUGCCAUUUGAUAAUAAAGCUGUUAUAUAAAAUCUGAAACACUGUAUUUUUUUAGUAUAAUGAAGCAUGCUGAACUUCCCUUUAAGCCUAAUUUUUAUUAAUCUGUUUAAAAGGGGCGAGUUCUUUUUAAAUGGUAAUUUUAGUGAUUGAUAAAAAACCGAGCUGAUUACACCUGUAGAUGAGAUUAAUUCUGUUUCUGCCUUUAUUUCAAAAUAGGUAGGUAAAUUUGACUUGCUUUUUUCUCUGAAAUUAAUUUCUCACGGCAGUAAUUUUAAAAAUUUUGUUUGGUUUGCACUGGAAGGUAACUGGGUCUAACUUCUGUAUCUUCAAAUAUAUCUAUUUGCAAAAAGUGCCUCUUUUUUUUUUUUUUUUUUUUUUUUGCAUUAAUCCCUUAUGGAAGACCCCUGUGCCAAAGUUAUUUCAGCUUCAUUCACCUUCCCUUAAUGUUCUGUCAAGGCCAGUUCAUGAAAUGCUUUUUCUUUGUAUAAAAACCUUGCUGGAAGGGUAAGACAGAAGAGAAGUCAAAAAUGAGAAGCUUUUGUUAGUGAACAAUGCUGUUAUGCAAAGUCAAAACAUGUUUGUGUUUUUAGGCAGCUGAAGAUGUUUUGUGUGUUUCUGAGAAUUCUCGUCAUGUAGUUUCCUUCUGUCAUAGGGUGGGGUUUGGGAACCCUGUGGUUUAGUAUGGCAGUGCUAAGAGGGAAAUGAAAAAGGGUUUUGACAGGAAAGCAGGACCCAGAGCAACUUUUUAAAAUUUCCAUCAAAGAGAAGGGAAUACUCUUUGAGUAUUUUUAUGACCAACUGAUGUCUUGAAAUGACAGACAUUUAUAACUCUCAGCUGGUGACUUUAUAGCUCCAGGUCACCCAAACUGAAAGAAGUUACAGCCUUUUAGUUCUGGCAAUGAAUAAAAUAAUGGCAUAACAUAUUUACUAACAUACCAUAACUUCCCCCUCCAAUUCUUAGAAAUGCUCCACCUAGUGUGAUAAUUCCCAUUUCCUUAUUUUAUAGUACACAAGGAAGAAUUUAGGUCUGGAUUGCAAGAGCUCAGUCAGUGACUGGUGUAUAUGUGAGAAGCCUCAUAAAAGCUUUCUGUAGACAGUCUUCCAAACAGACAGAGAAUUCUGCUCCUGUGCAGCUGUGGAACUUGAGUGGUGUCCUCAUAGCCUUAAAAGGCCCUGGUAGGCACUUGAGCGGGCUGGAAAUGCUUCAAUGGGAAAUAACUUUUAAAAUUCUGCCUCAGAAUUGAGAUCUAAUGUUGCAUUCAUAACUCUUGAUUUUUCUUUUACAACCUAGCCCUAAGGAGUUGUAUCUCAAACCUGGAAUUUGCAGUGUUUACUGUACUUGGAACAAUUCCAUGUCAUGAAGGAGUAUUCUGAGCAGAUCACUAUUUCAUUUUAUGUUUAACUCUUCUGUGUUAAACUGAUUUCUCAUUAUUGUGAGAAUGAUAAACUCUCAGUCAACCCUGAACUUGUGAAGGAUUUGCUUUUUCAGCUGGAUCCCUCUAAGUUUAUGAGGUCUGAUGGGAUUCAUCCAAGAGUACUCAAAGAGCUGGCUGGUGUCAUCAUGAGACCUCUCUCAAUGAUUUCUGAAUCUUGGCAAUCUGGAGAGAUCCCAGUCUACUGGAAGCUGGGCAAAUAUUGUCCCAAUUUUCAAGAAGGAUGAGCAUGUGAACUCCAGGCCUGUCAGUCUCACUUCCCUGCCCAAUAAAAUCAUGGAGAAGAUUCAGUGAAGCUUUUGAUACCGUCUCUCACAGUCUCCCUCUGGACACAAUGCCCAGCACUCAGCUGGCUAAACACACCACGUGAGAGGUACAUCUGCUGGAGGAGCACAGUUGAGAGGGACUAUGCUGUAAGCUGUCUUGGAAUGCAGAGAAUUUAUCUGACAAAAUAGGAAAGAGCUUUUCACAGCAAAAAUUUGAGUUAACGUUUUGUUGGUUCUGAUUCACACAGUUCACCCAUCUUGUCCAUUUCUUGUAACAAUUCAAAGCAAAUCUGAGUUUCUUAGUCUGAGACUCUCCUUUUAAAAAAAUAUUUCUUGUUCCUUACCCUGUUGCAUAGUAAGGCAUGUGUGCAUUUCAGUAGUUUUGCUCAACAAUAACCCUGAUAAACCUCUGUUUUCUUACUG